AUGGCCAGUAAAACAGUGGGGUUCCUGUUGCUUCUGAUGAUGCCCCAGAUGCACAUUUGUGGCCAACCAGUGUUGUCUCCCCGAAUUGUGGGUGGCCAAGCCUCAAAGAUUGGAGCCUGGCCAUGGCAGGUCAGCAUCUGUCAGAACGGGAGGCAUGUCUGUGGUGGAUCCCUUGUGGCGAGACAGUGGGUAGUGUCAGCUGCUCACUGCUUUAAACAGUAUCCUUUCUCAGAUAUCACAGUGACCUUGGGGGCAUACCAGCUUGGAAAUCUAAGCUCCAAUGCCCAGACCAUCCCUGUUGCCCAAGUAAUUUGUGACAUAGAAUUUGCUGGAACUGGAACAAGAGGGGACAUUGCCCUAUUGAGGCUCCAAAGAGCCUUGAAAUAUACCCCAUACAUCCUCCCUGUGUGUGUACCAUUUCCUUCUGCUGUGUUCCCUGAGGGCAAGGCAUGCUGGGUGACUGGAUGGGGACACAUCAAAUACUGGGAACCACUUCCAUCUCCUAAGACGCUGCAAGAAGUUAAGGUCUCCCUCAUAGAUGCUGACAAAUGCAAUGAGAUGUUCAGUGUCCCCCACCCUGGGUCCUCUGGUUCCAAGCCCAUCUUGGACAGCAUGAUUUGCGCUGGAUAUGAAAAGGGGGGAAAAGAUGCUUGCCAGGGUGAUUCCGGGGGGCCCUUGGUCUGUGCCCAAAACGACUCUUGGUUUCUGGUUGGCAUUGUGAGCUGGGGAGAAAACUGUGCACUCCCGUACCGCCCUGGCGUCUACACCCGAGUCACGGCCUAUGGUGAUUGGCUGAAGCGUUAUGUUCCUGGCUUGGAAUUCGGAAUUUGGGAAUUCUUGAGGUGA